AUGCUUGUAAAUACGAAGAAAAUAUCAACUGAAAUCUUUCGAUGGAUGUCAUUUGGAAGGGAGCGUUCGUUUCAUCGAAACGUUCAUGAUUUCAACUCGUUUGAUCAAUUCUAUCGAGAUGUCUUGCGUGAUUUUCGACACCACCGCCCAACCGAUACUGUUUCAUCACCUAUUAAUGUUGAAAAAAUACGAUCGAAUGAUUUCGAUGAAGAUUAUCUGAAGAGAUCAUGUUAUGAAACGGCAUCCGAUCUUCUUCUCGCUCAUGGCUACAAUACAACUAAUCUGAGUUUAUCAGCGAAUGAUCUGGAGACACUUCUUCCAGGCGUUUUGUACAGCAUUGAAAAUCCGGGAUGUAAACGUCAAUUGCCUCCUACAUCGCUUUAUGAAUUCUUCGACGUUUGGAUCUUUGGCUUAAUUUGUAUUGUGAUCAUUAAAGCCGUUCAUUGUAUUAUAUUUUUGGUCACGGGGAACCAUACGUUAGCGUUGACAUCGGAAGGCCUGGCGAGAAGCUUGUCCAACCAGACACCUCCCACUUGUACUCCUAUGGAUGAAGUUCGCUUAUCACCUGUGAAAUAUCAUAUUUGGCUAGGAUUGGGAUUCAAUGCAUUUACUUGCGGUCUUAUUCUUGGUACAAUAAGCUAUCAUUUGAUUCCACAUAUCUAUGAAACACCAAAUGAGGACUUUAGUUAUACUUAUCUUCUUCGCGGUACAGUCAUUCUAUGUGGCGUUUUUCUCUUCUUUAUCGUGGAAAAGUUAUUGCGAUUUCGGUUCAAAGUCGAUGAUAAACAAUUGGAUGAAUCUUUUCACGCAACAGAUCAAGAGGCGAUGUUAUCAGACACUCCGAUGAUACAAAUGGCUAGAAUGCAUGGAACACUUCAUGUUCACGAAAGAGAUCAUGUUCACCACACACCUUCGGACUUGCCAGUAGAAUCAUUGUCAACAGCUGAAAAUCAUGUUGUUGGAAACAGUAGUGAACAUGAGCAGCCGGCCUCACAUAACCACGAACAUAAAAUAAAUAAACUGAUAUUAUAUCAUGCUGUCUAUGAUUUUUCCAAUGAUGUAAUAUAUGGUUGUGGCUUAUCAACAGCAUUAGCACAUGAUCGUUUGAUCGGGUUUGUCCUUUGGAUACUGAUUUUUAGUGAAGGCUUUCGACGUCAUUCUUAUCUUCUCUCAUCUCUGGGCCGUAAACUUGGCUUUGCAUUUCUAUUCUUUUCCGUCGUUUUCCUCAUCCUCGGCUAUGUUAUUGGCGGAAUUCUACUAGGAAUCAAUCAACAGUUUACCUCGGAUAGUGCUUUCAUUCCUAAGGAAUAUAUCUAUUCAAUUGUCUAUGGUGCAUUGUUCUAUACAGCGCUUGUUACAUUAAUUCCUGAGCUAAAUGAUUACGGACAGCAUUUACAAACAUCUGCACCACUGAAAGAACAACGUUUGUUAAAAAUUCUAAUUUUUAUCUGUCAAAAUCUUUUUCUUCUUAUUGGCAUUCUCAUUGCUUUGAUCUUUGCUAUUGUCUGGCGCUAUUAUCAUCGUCGAUAUAUUUAUGCUUACAUUUCUCUACGUGAUUCAUCUCGUCUAUUCAAUCGCUUUUAG